AUGACGUUAUCGACUAUUUCGGAUGAAGCAGAAGCACUAAAAGAAGAAGCUAACAAAUUUUUCAAAGAUGGGGACUAUGAAAAAGCCAUCGAUGCAUACACGAAGGCGAUAGAAAUUCGGGAGACUGCUGUUUAUUUGGCCAACAGGAGCCUCGCUUAUCUUCGUACAGAGUGUUUUGGCUAUGCCUUGGAUGAUGCUUCUAGAGCUAUAUCUUUGGAUAGUUCUUAUGUGAAGGGUUAUUAUCGCAGGGCAUCUGCACAUAUGGCACUAGGUCAGUAUAAGGAGGCAUUGGCAGACUACGAAACUGUUAUUCGAGUUGCACCUAGUGACAAAAUGGCUCGUGAGAAGUUGACUGAAUGCCGAAAAAUAAUUCGUCGCAAAGCAUUUGAAAAAGCCAUCGCAGUAGAAGAUCAGCCGUCCCCAUUAGAAUCUUUUGAUCUGUCAACAAUUACCGUAGAAUCUAGUUACGAUGGUCCGCACUUAGAACAAGAUAGCAAUGGAAAAUACUUUGUCACGGAGUCGUUUAUGUUGGCUUUAAUGGAGCACUACAAAUCUCAGAAAGUAUUACACAAGAAAUAUGCCAUUAUAAUAAUGAAAGAUAUUUUCUUAUUUCUUCGCGGUUUACCAAGUUUGGUAGAUAUUAAAGUCCCGGAACAGUCUAAGUUUACUGUUUGUGGGGAUAUACACGGUCAGUUCUACGAUCUUAUGAACAUAUUCAAAAUUAACGGGCUUCCGAGCAAAGAUAAUCCUUACUUGUUCAAUGGUGACUUUGUUGAUCGGGGAUCGUUUUCCGUGGAGUGUAUUUUCACCUUGUUCGGGUUUAAGCUUCUUUAUCCAGACAAGUUUUAUCUUUCCAGAGGUAAUCAUGAAUCCGAACACAUGAACAGACUUUAUGGCUUUGAAGGUGAGGUAAAGUCAAAAUAUUCUUCUGAAGUGGCCAAUAUGUUCACGGAUAUAUUCAACUGGUUACCUUUAUGCCAUCUGAUUAAUGAAAGAAUUCUGGUUAUGCAUGGUGGAUUGUUCGAACGCGAUAAUGUUACAUUAGAUGAAAUAAAAAAGGUGUCUCGAAAUCGUCAACCUGACGAAGGCACUAUAAUGUGUGAAUUGCUAUGGUCUGAUCCAAUGGAAGCUGAAGGUCGAGCCCAUUCUAAACGUGGAGUCGGUUGUCAAUUUGGUCCUGAUGUCACUGAAAAGUUCUGUAAGCAAAAUGGUCUAGACUAUAUUAUUAGAAGUCAUGAAGUGAAAGAUGAAGGUUACGAAGUUGCUCACAACGGUCGCUGUAUUACUGUUUUCUCAGCUCCUAAUUACUGUGACACAAUGCAUAAUCGAGGAGCUUUUAUUACAUUGAUAGGUAGUAAUAAACCCGGUGAAAUGUCUCCAAUGUUUACCAGCUUUACGGCAGUAGCUCAUCCAGAUGUGCGCCCAAUGGCUUACGUAAAUCCAUUACUUUCCAUGUUUAUGUGA